GCGGUUCGCGGAAGAAGCUAGAAUUCCUACGAAUACAAAGACUACACAGAAAGAGUGCGCCUGGAAUACAGUUUUGUUCCCGACGCCGUCUACAAAAGCCUUCGGUCAAAGGCCCCGGACAGCUGGAAAAGAAAUGUUUCAAGGAGCUCGGGUGCUUCAAGACGGGACGAGCGUUCUUCCACGAGAUCUACCGCCCUUUCAACUUCUUCCCGGAGGAGCGGGAACACAUCGACACCCGGUUCAUACUCUACUCCCGGGAGAACACCAAGCGAGGCGAGCUUUUAAAAUGGUCCUCGACGCAGGAAGAAGUCGCCAGGUCGGCAACCUUCAAGGCGAACAGGCCGACCAAGGUCCUGGUACACGGCUGGGUGGACACACUCUUCUUCGGAGCUUGGAUGAGGAAAAUGACGAAAGCCUUUCUCAUGGUGGGCGACUGCAACGUCAUUAUCGUCGACUGGCAAGGCGGCAAUGCUCUGCCUUACACCCAAGCCACAGCCAACUCUAGGGUGGUCGGCGCCGAGAUAGCUCUGUUGGUCAAUAAGCUGGAGAAAGCAUUCGGUGCGAAGCGGGACACAUUCCAUAUACUGGGUCACAGCCUCGGCGCUCACGUGGCUGGUUAUGCUGGCGAGAGGCUUCCGGGGCUUGGACGAAUCACAGGUCUCGAUCCAGCCGAUCCCUACUUCCAGCACAUGCCGAAGGAGGUGCGCCUGGACCCGACAGACGCACGGCUGGUAGACGUGCUGCACACCGACGGCGCAUCGGUGUUCGAUAUAUACAAAGCCGAAGGGUUGGGCAUGUACCAGUCGGUCGGACACCUUGACUUCUAUCCCAACGGCGGCAUUAAGAUGCCCGGCUGCUCAACGAGCUCAACAUUUCUGGCCACACUGACUAAGGGGGCCAUUCAUGCCGCCCGCUCCGUGGUGUGCAACCACGAGCGCGCCGUGGAGUUCUUCCUGGACAGCAUCACGGAGCGCGAGUGCACGUCACUGGCCUUCGCGUGCGUCUCGUUCGAGGCGUUCCGCCAGGGCCGCUGCUCGGACUGCGGCAACAAUGGGCACCUGUGCGCCCGCAUGGGACUUCACGCGGACCGCUGGAAGCCCACGGACAACACUUCGGUCCAGAUGUACCUGCACACCAUGGACUCGGCGCCCUUCUGCGCGUUCCCUUUCUUCAUCAACGUCGUGUUGUGGAGGACGACGGAGCAGAUUUUCGCCACCGGAUAUUUCGUUCUCAUCUUGGACGGCACCAGGGGAAGAGCUGUGAUCGAGAUUAAUGAGGAGCCGCUCCGACUGUUCGGUGCCGUGAAGAACGAGUUCGUCGUGAAGACCAGGGCCUACAUUGGCGACCUGCAGUCGGCAUCCUUCCGCUACACAAGCAGUCGUUUCUUCUUCUUUCGCACUAACAUGCUGCUCAGAUAUGUGGAGGUCUUGCCCAUGAACGAACCCGUGAAGACGCACGAAAGGAGGAAGAAGAUGAAGAAGUUUUGCUACUAUAAUAAAACGGGGAUACCCUCUGGCGAAGAAGUUCAGCUUACUACCUGUUAACUUCGGCAAACAGGAAAGAAUAAAGUCGGGACUGCUAAC